CAGGGACGUUGCACUUCAGAAUAAUAAUGUGAUGUAUGUAUGUAUAGAUUUCCUGAGCAUUUUCUGGGGUCUUCAGAACCAGCUUCCUCGGCAUCAUGAGAGGUACCUACUUGGUCUUAGUUAGCAGCCGCCACGACGCUCCGUCUGGAUCAUGGCGGUAGAGGAGGCGGUAGCCCAGGAAGCUCUGCGCGCCCCUAGGAGGAUCAGGGAGGUGCCGGAGAGCUACUUCCUGAAGCGUCCACCUCUCUGGGUGUCUCUUGCUCGCGCCGGUCUUGCAGUCUCAGCUGGCCUUGCAACGGCGGUGUGGCUAGAGGGGUGGAUCAAGCAGAAGAUUGCAGAAGACGGAGGCUAUGUCAUUGUCUUGGGCAAGAAGAAAGACACUCCUUCUGAAGAGUAGCUAGCUCUGAUCUGAGAUCAGUCAACAGCGGACCUGAGGCGACAGGAAGUGGCCUCCAGAAUCAUGCCUUGAAAGCUGCUGCUGACUUUUGAUGGGCACUAGAAGCAGGGAGAGCAUCAGGUUCCGAUUGGAUCAGAAGUUAGAACCCAUAACAAGUCAAUUGCAAAACCCCUCCGCUGUUGUAAAGCCAUCGAAGCUGGUCCUACGAUGUGGAGCAGAUCAAGUUGCUCCCAUAUGUUGAACUAGACAUAGGAGUCUGCCGUUCAGCGCAUCUCUUUCAGUUCCCUUCUACCACAGGGUCAUGUUGAAACCGGGCUGAAACCGGGCUAGUCAGCCUCUAACCCAGAGUGGUUAAGGGCCAUCAUUGAUGGCAGUCUCCAGCUGGCGAUGGCUCAACGAGAGCCGUUGGAUCGGCCUCGCUGCCGCCGUCUAUGCGGAGGCCUGCGGUGGCCUGGCAUACACGUUUGCCGUCUACUCCGACCACCUCAAGGAAACCCUGGGUUACACCCAAACCCAAAUCGACGCGCUCGGGUCAAGCAAGGACUUCGGCGGGAACACGGGGGUCAUCUCUGGGUUGAUGUACAACCUGUUCCCGCCGUGGGUGUCGGUUUUCAUCGGGGGAACGUGUAAUCUUUUCGGGUAUCUGGCGCUUUGGAUGACGAGUAAGCAGUGGAUAGCGCCGCCGUAUUGGCUCGUGUGUUUGUCAAUCAUGGUGGGGGCGAAUGGGGAGACGUGGGUUGGGACGGCGGUUAUGGUGACCAGCAUGCAGACUUUUCCAAAUGAGCGGGGCGUUGUGAUCGGGCUGCUCAAGGCAUAUAUUGGGAUUAGCGGGGCCAUGUUUGCGAGGGUGUACAAGAGCUUCUUCGAGCCGCACGCGAGCGCCUACAUCCUCAUGCAAGCGGUUGCGCCGUUCGCCGUCUCCGCCUCCGUAAUGUUCUUCAUCAAGCAGUAUCCUGUCCUGAGGGACGCUGACGUCAGCGAGACCGCACGACGGUUCCGGUGGUCGUACUACAUCGUGGUGGUCCUGGCGGUGUAUCUGAUGCUGAUCACGAUUGUGGAGAGCGUUGCGGAAGUGGGUCAGGCCUGGGGGUCAACACUAACCGGGGUCAUGAUGGCGGUGUUGCUGCUGCCAGCUGCAAUACCGUUCGUGGGAGGUUCCGAGUACCGGCGCCUGUCCGAUGCGGACGAGGAGCAGGUGUCCGGCGGAGAAGAGCCGACGCUCGCGCUCGAAAAGUUCGUCCGAGUGGUGCCCCCGGAGUACACGCUCGCGGAGAGCCUGCGGACGAUAGACUACUGGUUGCUCUUCUUUGCGGUCGCGGCGGGAACGGGGAGCGGGCUGACGAUCAUCAACAACCUGGCACAGAUUGGGAAGGCACUCGACACCAAGAGCAUCUCGUCCUUUGUGUCACUCGUCAGCAUCUGGAACUGCGCGGGGCGGCUGCUGGCGGGGUAUACGUCCGAGUGGUGCGUCAAGGCCGGGUAUCCCCGGACGUUGAUGCUAGUGGGAGUUAUCGCGGUCAUGGGGAUCACGCAACUCCUCUUAGCCUCAGGAGCGGCCUUCACCUUGUACAUAGGGUCAAUUCUGGUGGGCCUCUCGUACGGCGCCCAUUGGACGCUGACGCCCGUCAUCACGUCCGAAAUGUUCGGGCUCAAGCACUACGGGGCCAUCUACAACACCGUCACCAUUUCCUCCCCCCUCGCCGCCUACUUCCUGUCCACGUGGGUGGCCGGCGUGCUCUACGACCGCGAGGCUGAAGUGCAGCACGCGGGGGAUCCCUCUCCGGCGCACACGUGUCACGGCCCCGAGUGUUUCCGUACGACGCUGCUCAUCCUCGCCGCCGUUUGCGCGGCGGGGGUCGCGUGCGGGUUGGUGCUCGUCUCGCGCACGCGCGCGCUGUACAAAGUGCACACGGUAAAGCCCGAUUCCGAGCAAGCGAAGCACUACUGAAGGUGCCGGGCAAGCAGUCACGAGCAUCGACUGUGGAGUUGUUCAAUUCUGGAGAGACUUAAAAUGCAGAAAGUCAACAGUCGGCUAUUCGAGUGUGUCCUUUAAAGGGAUAUGUGGUAAGUCAAGGCGGCAACAAAGAGGAAAAACUGGAAACCGCUAGGAUUUGGCCAAAGCACCUAAUACAGAGCUGUCAAGGGUGAUCCUUAUCAUCGAUUUUGAUAUAACGUCAUUGAUCAGGUUAGAGCGGGCUAGGCCAAGCUGUAUGUAUACAACUUGGCAGUCACAUGGCAACCAUGUACCAUCCGGCUCAUUGCACAUGAUGGAACUUAACUAGCGAGCGCAAUCCUUAAGGAUGGUUGGUGGCCAUGCACAAGACGUGUACAAAGACAUGCAUCAUCGGCAAGCCGGCCAUUCUAGAGAGGC